GGGCGGGUCUUCCGGAAGCGCCUCCUCAGGCCCCUGGCCCUGGCGCGUCGGCGGAGCUGACAGAACCUGUGCCCUGGCGGAGCAGGAGAUGGCUGAAUCGGACCCUGGGGAAAGAAGCUGCGACAACAUGCUGAAAAUGCUGUCCGACCUGAAUAAGGACUUGGAAAAGAUACUGGAAGAGAUGGAGAAAAUCUCAGUGCAAGCCACAUGGAUGGCCUACGACAUGGUGGUGAUACGCACCAACCCCGCCCUGGCAGAGUCCAUGCGCCGGCUGGAGGACGCCUUCCUCAACUGCAAGGAAGAGAUGGAGAAGAACUGGCAAGAGCUGCUCAGUGAGACCAAGCGCACGCAGUAGGCCCCCGACCCCACCCCGCAGCCACCACGCUGGGUCUGUCUGUGUGCAGAGCCACAGCGGGUGGAGCCUUCUCUGCCUGGCAAAGAAACAGUGACCCAAACACACAGCUGCAUGCAUUGCACCUGUUUCUCAAUAAACUUAUU